CUCAUAGAAACCCAACAUAAUUACAGUUUAACUGUAUUUUUCUUUUUAUUAUUCAUUCAGGCUGACUAAGACUGAUCUGCUAAUUACACCAUUCAGAGGAGUUCAUGGUGCUUGACGGGAAGAGUUAGCCUGCGUCCUGAAAAGGGUUUCUAUUGAUUAUAACGUUUCCCCGUAAAAUCCAGAUCAAUUUAUAACUCAAACCCUUUCAAAAAUAUAUUCACAUGCUUUAAUUUAGCUCAUGCUUUGUCACAUAACCACAAAUAUCAGAGGAUUUUAUGUGAUGGACAUGGUACAAAAUUGUCAAGUGGAAGGGAAAAGAUGCACAGUUUGCAUUUGUUUCUUUCUUUAUAACCCCCAGCCCUAAAAAAAUAAAUAAAUUUGGAACUAUAAAAGCACAGCGAUGUGGCUCUACUUAGGGGGUUUACAUCCACAUUUUUGUGUAUGUAAAGAAAACUUAAAAAGACGUACAAACGGCGCCAUUCCCUCCUGUAAAAUCCCGAUAAGAAAAUUAAAAAAUUAAAGUUUGUAUUUGUUGCCAGACAAAAAUGCAUAAAACUUCAGAAAACAGACGUAGACGGACCCAGGCGCUGUGUCGUGAUCAGGUUGCGCUGCUCCAGACUAAUCUGCAGGGAUUUUCAGUCCUAAUUUGUCCACUUUCGCACAUGUUCUCCAACAGCUUCUCCAUGAAACCCACACCUUCCUCUUAAGCUGUGACCUCUUGCCUCACAUUUCUGUCAAGGACGACAGAUUCAUUUUGACCCCUUAAAACGUCAGAAGGGGGUGACGUCCUCAUACCUCUCUCUCUCUCUCUCUCUCACACACACACACACACACACACACACACACACACACACACACACACACACACACACACACACACGCAUCACGAUGGCGUGGCUCCAGCAGCCCAUCAGAAGCGGAUCAAUUAGCGCCGUUCCCCCUUCUCCCUCUCCAUUUUCUACAGACAGAUCAUCAUCAUCCGCCCACCUUGGCUCUGAUUUGACGAAUGUCCUGUGUCACGAUAAACCUCACCCAGCCUCCCUAUAUAAGAAACAGAAACUUUUCCAAGAUUCCAGCAAAAACAAAGUGUCCGCAGACGAAGAAGCAGACCUGUAGAAGCGCUGUUUUCUUGUGCGUAAAAAAAAAUUAAUAAAAAAUUCACCCCCCAAAAAGUGCCAAAACCGUCCUGGAGAUGAAGAAGUCCGUCAGGUUCGCCGUGGUGUGCGUCGGAGUGUCUCUGCUCAUCUCCUGCCAGUCCGUCGAAGCCUGGUACAAGCAGGUAACCGGACCCAACUACUACUCUGUGGGCCGCGCCUCGGGGCUGCUGUCCGGCAUCAGGAGGUCUCCGACCGUCCGGAGAGCCGAGUCCGAGGAGACGGUGAUGGACAGCGGGGAGGCGGCGGGAAACAACUUGAUCCAAGAGACCAACAGGCAAAUCUCCGUCCUGAAGAACAUGGCCAUCUGCCUGAAGGACAUCUCUCCAAACCUGAAGAGCUGCGAGCUGCUGCAGGACGGGACAGGAACCUUCCAGUGCAAGGCAGACGUCUUCCUCACCCUGGACUCGUUGGACUGCCUGUCCGCAUGAGUCUCCGUGAACCCUCCUCAUCAUCCUCCAAAAAAAGAGAAAGAAAACAGAGAUAGAAAGCGAGAGGAAAAACCAGAGAUUUUAUCUGGAAAGGCAGAAAAAAAAAAAUCGAAACAGAGAUGAGGGAUGGAUGGAGAUUUUUGCUUUGAUGAGGGACCGUGCAGACUUUGAAUGUUUUCUCUUAUUUAAAGAAAAAUGCUUAAAAAAAAAAACAUUGUUCAGUUUUGCUUUUGGCUGCAAAGAAAAAAAAAUUUAAACAGGGGGAAAAAAAACCCAACAAUGCCAGACAGUUUAGAUAAAGCCAUUUUCAUUCCAACCCCUUUGCAUAAUAUGGAAAUGUUCAAAAAUGUCCAGAGGUUUAUCUGCAGUUUUCCACAAUUCCUGUAAAUUACUUUUAUUUAUUUAUCUAUUAAAAUGAACAAACAAACAGUA